AUGGAUCCUUGGGAGGCUCUUGCUGUUGAUGAUGUUGUUUUGAAAGAAUUUUUGGAACGAUGUAAUGGUAACACUACUUUCAUCCCUGGCCCUGCUGGACAUGCCCAAGCUGUUUUGCUUAACAGAGACUUAAAUGAAACCCAUAAUACACAAGAAUUUUUGAACAACAUGGUUGUUGCUAGUCGUGCACGAGAUUUCUAUACCAAUGCAUGGACAUGGGCAGAAAAAUUCAUCAAACACCACGGUUUAGUUGACGACGGGGACAUUAAAAAUAUAACUCCACUAUCAAACAGGAAAUCAAUGAAUCGAAUGCGUUUUGUUGCUUGUGUUGUCAAAGAGUGCAAACCGAACGGCCUGGGGGACUUGCUCAUCACUAUUAAGGACCCUACUGAUACAGCCAAGGCAAGCCUACACAAUAAAGUUCUAUCAAAUUGUGAGUUUGGUAGUGACAUUGGUGUUGGCUCUGUAUUACUGUUGAAAGAAGUUGCUAUAUUUAGACCUUUUGGGUACCUCAACAUCACACUUAGGAACAUUGUCAAGGUUUUCAAGUAUGACAUCACUCAUCCCACUGAAGAAGAAGUUCAAACUUCUAUGCCUGUGGUGCGACUUAACUAUGUUGUGAAACAAAAUGUGGAAACUGAUGCCCAGCCUAGUAAAAAUUCCAGUCCAAACGCAAAUGUCAACACAAAUUUCGGACCCAAUUUGCAUCCCAACAUGGAGCCUACUAACACGGCUAAUGUGGAGGACAUACUGCAGAUGAUGGUUCCUCCAUCCACAAAUAUUCCAUGUGUUGAGGUUGGGGAGAUAAAUUGCUAA